AUGUCCCGCAACCGCCCCAGGCCCAGGGACAAUGGGUUCGGCAAUAACGAGGAGUUGGAGCUCUGGACCAAGAUCUGCCAGGAUAUUCGGAAAUCCAAGGAGAAAUUCGAUCAGCAGACUUCGUUGUCCGUACAAAUCAAAGCUUUGAUUGACAAGAUCACCAACGAGGGCAAUCCAGAACCAACCCUGGCCGAACACGAUCAGCUCGAUAACUGGCUGCGACAAAGCCAGAAGCUCAGCGAAGACGAGCGCUCGAUCAUGCAGGACGAGCCGUGCGAUGUAAUCAAAAAUUUAGAGCUUCUGACGGCCCUGCGAAAAGCGUCCGAAGCUGAGGCACCGCCAAAUCGGUCCGCUUCGUUUAAUAAAUCGCGCAAGAAAAGGAACGAGGUCGAUGGCUCGGUGACGGAUUCUCCCAGUGCCUCGGGCGCCGACAAGUCUGCCAGAUCGAAAGGAACUGCGCCCCGAAGCUCGAGCGUCUCGUCCAACACUCAACCCCGGGAUGGUGGCCGCCAAGAAAACAUUAUGGUUAAGAUUGAAGAGUCGCCAUCGGAGGGCACUAAAGGGACGAUUGCGGAGCGGAGCGGAAUCCUGCAGGUCGGAUCCCAGGUUGUCUUUAAGCACAAUAAAAACAAGCAGGGCGUCGAGGGCGAGGGUAUUCAAUGCAUAAUUAAAGCCAUCACUGGCGAGGGGCAGAAGAAACGAUAUGAGGUGCAAGACCCUGAACCCAACGAGAAUGGUGAACAAGGCGCUGUAUAUAAAACUACUGCCGUCUCUCUCAUUCCCAUUCCUCAGAUAAGUGGUCAUUUGACCGCGUACACUACAGGCAAGCAGGUCCUCGCGAGAUAUCCUGACACCACCACUUUCUAUCGUGCGGAGGUUAUGGGGGCAAGAAAGGAUGUUUACCGCCUCAAGUUCGAAGGUGAGGAGGAUGACAAAGAGAUGGAAGUUGACCGACGAUUUGUGUUGGAUAUUCCGGGCAAAUGA